AUGAAGCCUACGGUGAGCACGGUGUACCACGUCAUUGCUUUCGGCUGGUAUGCCUUUGUCGUAAUGUCCCUGGCUGCCAAAGAUGGAGAGGACUUACCUCCUGGGAUAUUUGUCUAUGGGGGACCAUGGAAGUACCUCACCUUUUUGAAUUUGAUAUUGCAAUUGGUAUUCUUUGGCCUGGCUGCUGUGACUGAUCUUCAGGCUGGAAAAAAAUCGUCAAAGAUCCUCAACAGAUGUAAAGAUCUGCUUUUCUCUGUGUUUGUAUUCCCCGUUGGCAUGUUUGUCGUCCUGCUGUUCUGGAUGAUCUUUGCCUAUGACAGGGAGCUUGUGUACCCAGCCAGCAUCGAUACCUUCUUCCCUCCCUGGAUGAAUCACUCCAUGCACACGUUUGUUUUUCCUAUCUUACUGGGAGAGUUCUUGGUCCAGCCCCAUGUCUACCCAAAGACCAAGCAUGGCCUAGUAGCAUUGGGAGUCGUGGGCUUAUCUUACCUCAGCUGGGUGAUUUGGGUGUACUUGUCAGUCGGUAUCUGGGUGUAUCCCCUGCUGGGAUUAUUCAGUCACGGUGGACUGCUGUGCCUCUUCGUUUUUAACAUGUCUGUGGUUACCCUGCUCUACCUGCUGGGGGAAAAGCUCAACUACUGUGUCUGGGGUAAGUCACUUACUAUCCUCCAACAACAGAAAGCACAACUGACUCCUAGUCAAAAAUGUAUAGGGCAGACAAUUUAAUUGUGUAAAACAUAUAAAUAACUUAUUUCUCUGUGUUUCAUUUCUCACAUGUUCUUUAUUCUCUUCACUUCUAGGUGAACUAAUGGAGAAUUCAAUGACUAAACAAAAGUGAUUGUGAGCUUCUAUUUACAAUCUGAUGAAUUUGUUGCACAACGUUGCAUGUUUUUCCAAGACUUCUGGUUUGACUUUAUCAACUUGCUGCAUUACCUCAAGAUUUUGUGGCCAUUCAUAAAUAAAAAUAAGGAAUAGCUUGAACAUGUAUACCUCUGAAGUUAUAUCCAACUUUCAUAAAAAGGGUUGAAGAUGUACAAAUCAUUUCAUUAUAAAUAGCAUGAGCAAUUGAAUAAACCAUGUCCAAUUGA